GUGACUGGAGAGAGAGAGAAAGAGACACCUCUGUGUGAUCUGCUGCAUUUCUCCACAAUGCCAUCCCCCUCUCCUCUCUCUUCUCUCUCCUCAGCCAGGAUGUCAUCCACAAAUCUGAUGAACCAGCGAAGCUCUCAGUCUAGCUGGCAGCCACUGACAGCGACCCCACAUGCGUACCGGACAAGGAGGUGCCGUGUUUAAGGAGCUUUGGGGAUUUCUUGGGUUUCAGCUGCAGCAGUCUAAAACAGCAGCAACAACCAUCAAUUCCUAAAUAACAACACCUCCCUUCGGGCGCAUCUCUAAACGAAACUGUUGCAAUUGCUGGACACAUGUCACAGGUUGAGCAGGAGAUCUUACUUGUACAAAGGAAGAUGUCUGACCUUGAGUCAGUAUUGCAGCAGAAGGACAUUGAGUUGAAGGCAUCAGAGACUCAAAGGACCAUCCUUGAACAGGACUUGGCAACCUACAUUACAGAAUGCAGUAGUCUGAAACGUAGUUUGGAACAAGCUCGUACAGAGGUAACGCAGGAAGAUGACAAAGCUUUGCAGCUCCUCCAUGACAUCCGCGAGCAGAGUAACAAGCUUCAGGAAAUCAAAGAACAGGAAUAUCAUGCCCAGCUGGAAGAGAUGCGAGUUUCCAUUCGGCAACUGGAGGAGGACCUGUCAGCCGCUCGUCGUCGUAGCGACCUGUACGAGGCCGAGUUGAAAGAGUCUCGGCAAAGCAGCGAGGAACUGAAGAGGAAGGCUAGCGACUAUCAACAUCGAUUGCAAAAGGCCAGAGAGCAAGGAAAAGCAGAGGCAGAUGAGCUCAUCACCAGGCUGGAAAAGACCAAUUCAGAGCAGCAGACGAAGCUCCAUGAUCUUCAAGAGAAGCUUGCCAAGGCAUUAAAAUCCAAUUCUGAAGCUACAGACCAUCUUCAUACCAUGAAGAUGGCCAAAGAGCGCAUGGAAAGAGAUCUAGAGAGGCUCCAGAACAAGGAGGACUCCAGUGAUAGUCUGCGAAGACGACUCCGUGAGACUGAGGAUGGUAGAAAGACACUGGAGAACCAGGUGAAAAGACUUGAGAUUGUUGAGCGCCGCGAGACCAAAAUGAAGGACGACAUCCAAAGCAAAGGCCAGCAGAUUCAGCAGAUGGCAGAUAAGAUUCUGGAGCUUGAAGAAAACCUGCGAGAUUCCCAAGCAACAGCACAACGACUGGAAACGCAUCUGAAGCAGAAGGAGAAGCUGUAUGAAGAUAAAAUUAAGGUGCUGGAAUCGCAGAUGAAGGCGGACAUGGCUGAUAAAGAAAUGUUGGAGUCCAGUCAAAGCAAAUAUGAGGAGGAGGUGCGGGAGAAAUGCAGCAUCAUCAGUGACCAGAAGGCGACUAUAAAUGCAAUGGAAUCCAAGAUGAACAGUCUGGAGCAAAGAAUUGCAGAGUUGUCUGAGGCGAACAAACUCGCAGCUAAUAGCAGCAUCUACACUCAGAAAAAUAUGAAAGCCCAGGAAGAGAUGAUCUCAGAGCUUCGCCAACAGAAGUUCUACUUGGAGUCUCAGGCUGGGAAGCUGGAAGCCCAGAAUGCAAAACUUGAGGAACAUUUAGAGAAAACAAGUCAUCAGGAGCACACACACAAGAGUCGAGUCUUAGAGUUGGAAACCAGGCUCAGAGAGAUUGGACUGGAGCACGAGGAACAGAAGCUGGAAAUCAAGCGACAGGUGACAGAGGUAACACUGUCAUUGCAGGAGCGUGAAGCACAGAUCAACAACCUACAGGCGGCUCGCCGUGCCUUGGAGAGCCAGCUGCAACAUGCCAAGACUGAGCUAGAAGAGACCACCGCUGAGGCUGAGGAGGAGAUCACUGUGCUGAGAGCACACAGAGAUGAGAUACAACGCAAGUAUGACGCUUUAAGGGACAGCUGUGCGGUAAUCACUGACCUGGAAGAGCAGCUGACGUCACUGACCCAAGAGAAUGCUGAGCUUAACCGUCAGAACUUCUACCUGUCCAAGCAGCUAGACGAAGCCUCUGACGAGAGGGAAGACCGAAUACAGCUCAGCCAGGAUGUGGACCAGCUGCGUCGGGAGGUGGCUGACAGGGAGAUGCACCUUAACAACCAAAAACAGAAUCUUGAGACACUAAAGACCACAUGCACCAUGUUGGAAGAGCAAGUUAUGGAACUAGAGACCUUAAAUGAUGAGCUUCUGGAGAAGGAGCGGCAGUGGGACGCCUGGAGGGCAACACUUGAUGAGGAGAAGAGCCAGGCGGAGAGGAGGACAAGAGAGGUCCAACGAAUGCUGGAAACGGAAAAACAGAACCGACUCCGUGCUGAGCAGCGCAGCUCUGAGUCUCGUCAGGCUGUGGAACAGGCCGUAAAGGAACACAAAGCCGAGAUGUUGGCGCUGCAGCAGAUUCUCAAAGACCAGAAACUCAAAGCUGAGAGUCUUGCAGACACUUUGAAUGAUCUGGAGAAGAAACAUGCCAUGUUGGAGAUGAAUGCACGUAGUUUGCAGCAAAAGCUGGAAAGUGAGAGAGAUCUGAAGCAGCGGCUGCUGGAGGAGCAAGAGAAGCUUCAGCAGCAAAUGGAUGCUCAGAAGGCGCAUAUCUUUCGUCUUACCCAAGGCCUUCAAGAUGCCUUAGACCAGACUGACCUGCUAAAAACUGAGAGAACUGAUCUGGAAUAUCAACUGGAAAACAUCCAGCUCCACCUGCAGGCUGUGUACUCCCAUGAGAAGGUGAAAAUGGAGGGGACGAUAACCCAGCAGACCAAGCUCAUAGACUUCCUCCAAACUCAAGCCCAUGGUGCUUCAAAGAAGAAAAAGGGACUUUUUGGACGUCGGCGUGAGGACCUGUUGGCUGCCAUGGCUGCUCAGGCGCAGGCCCAGGGGCAGAGUCAAGGCCAGGUCUCCCCCGUAUCCUCCAUCCAGCCGGUUCCCCUGCAGCACAGUGACAUGAAGAUGGCGCUGGACAAAGAGCGAACCCGCUGUUCCGAGCUUGAGGACGCGCUUCAGAAAAUGAGAGCGGAACUGCGAUCUUUGAGAGAGGAAGCGCUUCAAUACAAGGACCACAGCGGCUCCGCAAACACUCCAACAGCACGGCAACAGAUGAUGAUGUCCGCCAUGGUGAAGUCUCCCGAUCACCAGCAAGUCCCGCCGAGCCUGGUGCCUUCCAACUCAGGCCGCAGGAAGGAAGUUGCCACACCUGAGGAGAGAAGGAGGGUCACUUUUGAAAAAUAUAGCCGUCGCAUGAAAGACAGUCAGAGGGAAAGGGAGAGGGUGCACCACCACACCCCUCACCGCUUCACAGUGGGACUCAACAUGCGUGCUGCCAAGUGUACCGUGUGCUUGGAUACGGUGCACUUUGGUCGACAAGCCGCCACCUGUCUCGAAUGUCACGCCCUCUGCCAUCCCAAAUGCUCUCCGUGCCUUUCAGCGACGUGCGGCAUGUCGAGCGAUUGCUCCCUGCAUCUGUCCGACGGCUUGGGCCGGGAGAAAGGCAACUUAUCAGGCCAGCAGCUCAAAGACGCAAGUGGACACAUGCACUUGGAGGGAUGGAUGAAGCAGCCCAGAAAUGGAAAGCGAGGCCAAGGCUGGGAGAGGAAAUACAUGGUCCUUGAUGGAACAAAAGUGUCCAUCUAUGAAAUAGAACCCAGAGAAGAUUCGAUUAAACCACUGGAGGAGUUUGACCUGUGCAUGUCUGAUGGAGAGGUCGAAGUUCACGGAGCGGUAGGGGCCACGGAACUACCCAACACGGCCAAAUCAGAUGUUCCGUAUGUAAUGAAGCUGGAGUCCCGUUGUCACACCCCUUGCUGGCCUGGACAAUCCAUUUAUUUCAUGGCUCCCAGUUUCCCAGACAAGCAACGCUGGGUGGCAGUCAUGGAAUCGGUAGUGGCUGGGGGGCGAGUCUCUAGGGAGAAGGCUGAGGCUGACGCAGCUGCUGUGUCCAAAAGACAAAUGGUUCUAUCUCCUCUGGUUCAGAAACUCCUGGGAAACUCGCUUUUGAAACUUGAAGGAGACGACAGGCUUGAUAUCAACUGCACUCUUCCACUAACAGAUCAGAUAGUUCUGGUGGGCUCAGAGGAAGGUCUGUAUGCCCUCAACGUGAUCAAGAACUCCUUGACACACAUUCCUGGCCUGGGAUCAGUCUUUCAGAUCACCAUUAUUAAAGAGAUGGAAAAACUGCUGAUGAUUGUUGGGGACGAGAGAGCCUUGUGCCUGGUGGAGAUCAAGAGAGUGAAGCAGUCCUUGGCCCAGUGCCACCUGCCCAGCCAGGCCGAGCUGGCGCCGUACAUCUUCGAGACGGUGAAAGGAUGCCAUCUGUUUGCUGCUGGCAGAAUAGACAACGGGUCCUGCAUUUGUGCCGCAAUGCCGAACAAGAUCACCAUUCUCCGCUACAAUGACAAUCUCAGCAAAUACUGUAUUCGUAAGGAAAUUGAAACUUUGGAGCCUUGUAGCUGCAUCCACCUGACGAGCUACAGCAUCAUCCUCGGGACUAACAAGUUCUAUGAGAUCGAGAUGAAGCAGUUUGUACUUGAAGAGUUCCUGGACAAGAACGACAUGUCACUGGCCUCAGCGGUGUUUGCCGCCUCGUCCCACAGCUUCCCCAUCUCCAUCAUGCAGGUGGCCAGCAACAUACAGAAGGAGGAGUACCUACUGUGUUUUCACGAGUUUGGUGUGUUCGUGGACACAUAUGGACGGAGGAGCCGUACCGACGACAUCAAGUGGAGCCGCCUGCCUUUGUCCUUUGCGUACAGAGAGCCUUACCUUUUUGUCACGUACUUCAACUCACUGGACGUCAUCGAAGUUCAGGGACACUCCGCUUUGGGUCCUUCGGUGCUGGCUCACCUGGAUAUUCCCAGCCCUCGCUAUCUGGGCCCAGCUAUCUCUUCCGGAGCCAUUUAUCUGGCUUCGUCCUACCAGAACAAACUACGAGUCAUCUGCUGUAAGGGCAGUCUGAUCCGAGAGUCGGGGGAGCUGCAGAGGACCGGCUCCAGCAGAGGGAGCCCCACCAAGCGAGGUCCCCCCACCUACUCUGAGCACAUCACCAAGCGCUUGACCUCAGGCCCCGGCAGUCACGAGGGUCUGCACCGAGAACCCAGCACCCCUCACCGCUAUCGAGAGGGACGCACUGAGUUUCGACGAGAUAAGUCGCCGGCCCGCCCCUUGGACAGGGAGAAGUCGCCGGGGAGGGUGCUGGACAGCCGCAGGGAGAGAUCGCCGGGACGAUUCGGAGACAACAACCGACUCAUUGCCGGAUCUGUGCGGACACAGUUGGCUCCUGUUAACAAGGUGUGGGACCAGUCGUCGGUGUGAUAGGCGCUCCUCUCGGACACGCCGCUAACUCCAACCUGACUGAUAUUCGGCCAUUAACGCCUGUAAUACAGUCAACGCAUCAUCAUUUGAUCACAAACCUGCGUGCUUUUGAAGGAGAAUCAAUGGCAGGGAACACGCGAAGAGAAUCUAUUUUAUGAUAGGUUAUCGGCGUUCAUGUAAAUAGUGCGGUGAGUUUUUAUAAAAGGGAAAAGUUGGCCAGUAAAGUCUAUUUUUUGUAAAAUGAGUUUCUAAAGAUGUCGCCACAUGGAUAUCUUAAAUUAUAUUCAUGUUGGCGAGGAACAGGUUGAAACACUUUGCACAUGAAUUUAUUGGAAAUGAACAGGAUGUAAAAAUAUGUUUUUCCCACAUCGAACGUGAACUCUUUCUGGACUGUAUCUCCUUUGAUUUCCACUCAUUGCACAUAGCUUCAGUGAUACAGUGCCGUGAGAAAAAAUAUUUGCCCUCUUAAUUUUUUUAAAAUGUAUUUAUCACACACAAGUCUUGGGGGCGCUGGAAGUCACUCGCAGCAGGGGGGUGCUGAGGAUCUUUAGUUUUUCUCAUCCAAAAACAGCCGUGUCGGUCCAAAUUUGUGUUGUGUUCGCGCAUUUUCUCCAUAUAAGGCGGGCAUAAUGGCAAUACACACGCAUGCUGGAUAGUUAACAUACCACUACUAGGCUACUACAAAGACAGCGUUCUAUUCCACUUACAGUGUGUGUUGGAGUUUUUGUAUUUGAAAUAAAAGCACCCUGUAUUAUAAUGCAAAUCCCCGCAGCUAGAUCGCACAAUAACACAUGAAUACAUUUAAAAACUAAAAGGGCCAAUAAGCCUCGGUUUAACGCCCCAUUUUCAUUACACUAAAAUAAAUUGCACACGAUUAUCCAACAGCAACAACAAACAAUAAUUGGGCUACAAUUCGGUCUGCAAAGAACGAUUAUUUUUUGUAAUCGAAUGCUUAAUGGAAUGAUUAUUCGAUUAAUCGGAUAAAUGUCACUUUUUUUCAAUUACCUUAAUUUACCUUGAAGUGGUUUUGGGCUUGUCGUAAGUAACAAUGAAGACAAAAUGGAUAAUUUUCUUCCAAAAUAUUAUUUUAUCACAGCUUUCUUACUUAACUGUAGUCUGCAAUUGUAUUGAUUAUCAAAUUCGUCGGCAACUAAUUUAUUCAUCGAUUUUAAUAAUUAGUUGUCGCAGGCUUGAUAAGACGCUACUUUAGGCUGUAAAAUGUCCGAAAACUGGCAAAAAUGGGAAUUGUUGUUUUCCUAAGUAAAAGCAGAUUUUUAUGCAUGUCCUACUUUGACUUAACAAAAAAUAUAAUGAAGACAUCUAAUAUUUACAACUGAGAAGCAGAGGUGGGUAGUAAUGCGUUACAUAUACUCAGUUACAUUUACCGUAAUUUUCGGACUAUAAGUCGCUACUUUUUUCCUUCAUUUUGAUGCCUGUGGCUUACAGUCCAGUGCGGCUUAUUUGUUGAUUUAUUUAGGUCAUAAUUAUGACAUGACACUAUCAUGGGCAUUACUGAAUGCUUACGUCAUAAUGGCCUUAUGCAAGUGUCAUUCAGCAAAUUAUAUCACUAACUCCAUUCAUGUCCAGCUUGGAUCUUUUACAUCCAUUCAAAAGUGAGGUAAUUUGCCGGAUAGCACUAAAUUACAUCUGGUAUCAGCAUUCAUUAAUGCACAGGACAGUGUCAGGUCAUAAUUAUUAUCGUCUAAAGACAGUCUUAUGGCGCCGUUGUCAAAUAAUGUGUUACCAAAAACCAUAACUAGCAAUCAAAUGAAACAACUGGAACAGUGUCUGAAGAAAUAUUUAGCACAGAACAUGAGUUUUGAUUGUUAUUCACAUCUGUAGCACUGCAAUGUAUGCUAGGAGGCAUGUUGGACGACAACAGUGUUGACAGCAGGUAGCAGCAGAGGUUGACUGUAUCCCCUAAGGAAUCAGUGAUGGCCAAAUGAAGUUUCUUGAAGCAAUGAAGCUUUCAGGCCAACUGGUUCAAAUAACGUGUUUCCGGUUAAUAUCUUUUGGUGUAAAUAUCCCAUAUCACAGUGAGGACAGCUGCGGCUUAUAGUCCAGUGCGGCUUAUCUAUGAACAAAUGCCGUUUUUGUGUCAAAUUUGAUGGGUGGCGGCUUAUAGUCAGGUGCGCCUUAUAGUGCGAAAAUUAGGGUACUUGAGUAACUUUUUGAGAAAAAUGUACUCCUAAGAGUAGUUUUAAUAAGCCAUACUUUUUACUUGAAUAUGAAGAAAAAAAACGCUACCCUUACUCUGCUAUUUUGGGCUACACAAGAGUCGUGACAUUUUUCCUCUUUAUUCUACAUAUUAGAUUUUUUUUUUUUUUUUGUGCUAGCGAUGCUAUUGCCAAGAGUAGCGCUACUAUUUUCACCAAUGAGAUGUCAAAACAAUAAUCACGUCUCCAUUACACCAAUCAGACGCAAGCUUGCCAUUCUAUGAUCACGCAUCUUUAAAGCACCUUAACAAAUGAAGUGUUUGAAAUAGAGCGCUGCCCUCAACAUGAUUUAAAACUCUCAGUUUUUAUUUGGCACCGAUUGACCACGGAAAACCGGAGAUUUGAUCUUUUAAUUUCAUAAUAGUAACUUUGAAGGAACUACAGUAUUCACUUUUCAAACUCAGAACUAUUUUCUCCACUAGAGGGCAGGGCACUCCUGCUCUUUGGACAAAUAACGCUUCAUGACUGUUUUUUUUUUGCUCUUUAAUUUAAUGAUAUAUAUAUUUUUGUUAUUUCUUUCGUUGAAUGUGGUUAUGUAAUGGGUUAUUUUACAGUAUCAUUACAACAACAGUUCAUAGAGAUAUGUUUGUGCUGAGAAAAAAAAAAAAAAAAGCAAGAAUAAGUUACUCAAAAUGUUAGUCAUUGCAUGAGUAGUCUUUUCACUGGAUGCUUUUUUUUCUUGUACUUUAGUACAUUUUGGAUGACUACUUUUACUUGAGUAAUAUUAUUUAGAAGUAACGCUACUCUUACUUGAGUAAAAUUUUUGGCUACUCUUUUGAGAAGUUAUAUGUAUGUUAUAAUUUCAGGAAUUUCGACAAGUUUAAGGUGAUUGAGGUCCUAAACGAUUAAUUGGUUAUCAAAGUAGUUGUCGAUUAAUUGUUGCACCUCUAGCUACAAUUCAAGCAUAUCUUACCUGUUUCAAGACCAGAAAGGACAAUCAUCUUCAUUUCCAACCUCGAAUUGACUUUUAGAACAUUUAGCUGUUUUUGGAAAGAAAAAAAUCGCGAAUUCGUUUUUUGUGCCAUUAACGCCUCCACUGUCUGCCUCAGUCUUAACGUGACUCAGUAACUAUUUUUUCAACAUAAAUAUUUAAUCCCCAAAGUAUAAAUACGCUAUUGUUUCAAUGUUUUACUUAUUUUAUUUAAACCUAAACUUUUUUUUUCUCCCCAACACCAGGGGGUGCUGCAACCCCAUUUCCCGCCACUACAACUGUUUUAGAUCAUCAAACAAAUUUUAAUAUCACACAGACGACCCAAGGAUAUAUAAAAGGCAGUUUCUAAAUGAUAAUUUUAUUUACCAAGGAGGUGGGUGAAAAUUAGUGGUUAAAGUGGGAUUUGACAGAUGGGGGAGUCCUAAAAUUCGAUGUCAUAGUAGGGAAAAUUACGUACAUGACAACAAAUAAUUGUUUAAACUUUAUUCUCAAAAGAGAAAUACAGGCCAGAUUAACAGGGCCUUUUUGGCCGAAAAUGUUAUUGCAUGUAAUUUACUUUACAGCAGGGGUGUCCAAACUUUUUGCAAAGGGGGCCAGAUUUGGUGUGGUAAAAAUGUGGGGGGCCGACCUUGGCUGACGUGCUUUACGUAGAACAAUAUAUUAAAGCAAAUUUUAGCAAGCCAUUCCAGUGUGGCACAUUUGCUUCAUUUUUUUUUUUUUUUAAUUAAUAAUUUCAACAAUCUUGCAACUAGCCUUUGUGGCGUUCUCUUUCGACUCUCGGGCAUUUGUGAAAUAAUGCUGCUGUGAAAUUAAACUAGCUUCAAGUUGCUUCAAUUUCUCGCAACUGUAAUCUUGUCGUAUAUGUCAGAUAGUCUUGUUUGGUAUUAUCGCCUAACAUUGAAAUCUUUAAAAACAGCGACUCUCUCUUUGCAAAUGAGGCAGACACAGUUGUUGCGUAUUUUGGUGAAGAAAUAGUCCAAUUUCCUUGAAUCCUAUCCUUGAAGCGUCGGCCGUCACAGUCAACUUUCUUUUUUUGUUGUUGUCGCCAUGUUAGAAAAUGGAAGUAACGGGUCACACGGGGUAAUGUUGCUUAGCCCUUAAAUACCUGCAACAUGAAGCAAUUAUCAGAGAA